AUGGCGUUGUUAACGAAUUCGUCCGCCAGUGGACCGACAGCGACGCCGGCGGCACCUCAAGCACAUCACUCAACGACGCCUCUACAUCACUACUUCCAUUAUUUGAAGCAGCCUUCUCCGUUAUCCCAGAAUCCUUAUGCGCACCACUCUAGUGCGCAUCAUAUGGGAAUGGGACCUGGGCCUUUGGGCGGGCUGGGUCCAUUUGGACUGACGCAUCACGGGCUGGAGGCUGUGGGGUUUCCUCAAGGUGUAAACCCGCGGAAGCAGCGUCGAGAAAGGACCACAUUUACGAGAGCGCAGCUGGACGUGCUGGAGGCUCUAUUCGGCAAGACGCGGUACCCUGACAUCUUCAUGAGGGAAGAAGUUGCACUGAAGAUUAACCUCCCGGAGUCGAGAGUACAGGUCUGGUUCAAGAAUCGCCGCGCGAAAUGUCGACAGCAGCUGCAACAGCAAACCAACACUCAGAUAUCCAGUAAAUCCUCAUCCAGUUCAAAAACGAUAUCAUCUAGUAGUUCUAUUAAGAAUAGCUCAUCUAAGAUUUCCACAUCCAAGACCUUAACCAGUUCGAGCUCAAGCUUAUCUACGACGCAAAACUCAUCUAGUAUCACGACUUCUUCACCAAACCUUCCCAUUACACCGACUACAUCAGUCAGUCCUCCCAUUAAUGUUAUUUGCAAAAAAGAAUCAGUUCCAUCUAAUUAUGACACGUCUCCUUUGAACAAGAAUUUAUCACUAAACCAUCACUAUAACUCCAGUGACUUGAGAAUCAGCGGAAAAGAUUCCUCUCCAUCUGAUACGUUAUCUAACGUCCAUUCCUAUGGAGUCACUCCUAAGCAGGAGCUAUACUCUAGUCCUAAGAGAUUAGAUUACUCUAGCAAAGUUGACUAUUCGGAUAAGAGUUUUGGCAGUAACCUAGUAAAAGACCAGUACAGCUCGCGUUUGACUGGUAACCUAACUCCGUUAGGCUCAAAUUCCUCUAUAAUGACGACUCCAUCCCCUCCUAUCACUCCUCAAAGUCUGAACGGUCCAGGAAACGUCUACCACCCGGAUAACUACAACAGUUUCCAUUGGCCCGGGAGCUCGGAUUAUAUAAGGAGUUAUUCGAGCUCACAUCACCACCAAGGUUAUGGCCAGAGCGCAUAUAAUUCCCCAUAUUAUCCCAGUCAGAUGGAGUACUUUAACGGUGCAUCAGUGAACCAGUCUCACGGAAGUCACCACGGCCACAAUCUGACAGCCAACGGCAACCAGCUCUACAACCAAGUGUCUUUCGGCAAUCCAUCCCCCCCUGCCGCUUGGCCCUCGCAUAACAUCCUCUCCUCAGGCCCCGAAUCGCCAGAGAACCAAUCACAAAACUCCCCACAUCUGAGCAUGCUGCAAGCAUCGCAGAUUUCGAACUUUUCAAAUUCUGGCAACAGUUACUUCGCGCCUGAAAAGUACGGUAUAAAUAUGGUGUAG